UUCUCCUCUAUUAUAUUUCUGUCUGUGCUAUCUCUCUUCACAUCCUUCAUUUCUCUCUCUUUUAGGUUUCGUUUCUUUUACUUCAAAAUCAAAGAACUCAAAGCUUCUCCGAGUUUUUGGAGAUAGUAGGAACGUGAUGACAAUGCAAACACUGAUAAAAGACGAAAAAACUAACUAGUUUUAGGUGUUUAUUGAUAUUUUGAAAGGGGAUUGUCUGCUACAUAGCAUUUUAUCCUACACAAGUUCAGUUUUUCAGGCAUUUGAAGCAGAUGGGUUGAAAGGGUUUGAUAAUAUAGGUUUUGGAGCAAUAUGGCUAUUGCUGGUCUACACAAUAUUUCUGUGCUUGGAAAUUCCUUCCUAAGGGAGUCUCAAUCUCAAACGUCAAGAAGUUGGGGAAAUGGUAGCACCCGAGCAUCCUCACUCCUGCAGAUGUGGCGGGAGCAUGAAGAUGAGCAUGUGGUGAGUCAUGCUCAAGAGAGGGCUAGUGAAAGAAUUCUCCAACCAAGGAGUGAUGACCUCUUAGUGGCUGAUCUUUCUGAUAUUCGACACAGUGAACAUAGUGGUGUUUUAGAUGAUGUGAGUGUGAGUGAGAAUGAGUUUGGACAAUGGUUGCCAGAUCAAUUUAGGUUGCAGAAUGGGAAUGGGGAUUCAAAUAAUCUUAAUUUUGAACAUUUGUCUGAUUUGGGGGAGGUUGAAAGGGAAAGGGUAAGGCAAAUUUUUCGGGAGUGGAUGAACAGUGGUGGCAGGGACCAUACAUCUAAUGUUUCCCGUAGAAACAACAGUUCGAGAGCUCAGUGGCUUGGAGAAACUGAGCAAGUGAGGGUCAGAAUUAUAAGGGAGUGGAUGCAAAUGAACAGUCAGCAGAGAGGUGCUUGUAUUGAUAGUAGAGAAGAGCAAGCUGCUGAUGUUGGUGGUCAAAUUGAACGAGUUCUGGAUGGAUUGGUGGUUAACCAGAAUGAAGGCUGGACCGAGCAUGUGCGAAGGGGAAUUCGUAAAUUAUGUGGCCGACAAGUCCUGCUUGAUAUGCUUAAAAAUGCUGAAAGAGAAAGGCAAACUGAGCUCCAGGGCUUGUUGGAGCAUCGGGCUGUAUCAAAUUUUGCCCAUCGCAACCGCAUUCAGGUAGAUGCAUAUAAAGUGUAGCUAUUUUUAGGAGGCUAUUGUCUUUAUUCGUUCAAAUGUUGUCCAUGUUCUUCCAAUUUUGCCAGUAAAGGCACCUUCCUCCCUCCCAUAUUUAAGGUAGAUGCUGAUUUGGUAGUUUCGGUGUUAUAGAUUCACAUAAUGGAGCUGCGUCUUG